GACAAGACGGAUUCCAACUGAUUUUUUCUGCUGUUGAUGAAGAUACAAGUCAUACAACAUGGAAUUCCAAGACCAAUUUUACAAUAACGGAGAGUAUAUUGAAACGGCAUCUGGGAAUAAAGUCAGCAGACAGUCAGUUCUUUGUGGAAGUCAAAACAUUGUUAUAAAUGGAAAGACUAUUAUAAUGACAGAUUGUGUGAUACGUGGCGACUUGGCUAAUGUCAGAAUUGGUCGUCAUUGUGUUGUCAGUAGAAAAGCUGUUAUUCGUCCCCCAUUUAAGAAAUUUAGUAAAGGUGUUGCCUUUUUCCCACUUCACAUUGGAGACCAUGUGUUUAUUGAUGAGGAUUCUAUAGUAAAUGCUGCACAAGUGGGAUCAUAUGUACACAUCGGCAAAAAUUGUGUAAUAGGCAGAAGAUGUGUAUUGAAAGAUUGCUGUGCUAUUGCUGACAACACUGUGUUGCCCCCAGAGACAGUGGUACCUCCUUUCACAGUUUUCUCAGGAUCACCAGGUCAGUUUACAGGAGAACUACCAGAGUGUACACAGGACCUUAUGCUGGAUGUAACAAUGAACUUUUACCAACACUUCAAAUCUCUUGGAGGAGUGAAAGAAAAAAAGAAAUAAGAUAAAAAUAUAAUAUUGAUGUUCGUACUGGCAUGUGUUAUGUAUAAAACAGAGUAUUUGGUGACCAAACACAGCACACAAAGGAUAUGUCUUCUUAUUUGCAAUGUUUACAAGCAAGCAUUCUUUGGUAAAUGUCAUUUUUUAAUGAAAAGUUGAAUAAUUUGUAGUUUAAAAGCCAUUUCAAUGUUACUACAGAUUGAAUACCUCCCAAUAUAAAUAUAUCCUAUCAGUGAACAUUUUUCAUGGAUAUGCAAGACAAAAAGAUUUUUUUUUUUCUUUUUUUGUCCUUUUGUCAAAAGCUCAAGUCAAUUUUACUUAACAAAACAUGAUACACUAAACAAUAUACUGUCUAGUUUUGCUCAUGCCCAGAAUGUCAGACCCACUGGGAAAAUAGAUUGAGUGGAUUAUAAAAGUUAUUAAUUAAUUACAGACUGUACCACCAGUGAGGAUUUCAUUUUGAUUAAAGGCUUUGUUUCAUUUUUGGAAUGUUCAAGGUUUUAUUAACAAUAGUGUUACAUGGACAUGUUAUCUAGAUGUAAACAUGUCAUCACAUAUAGAUAUUUAACCUACUAAAACAAGGGCCGUAAUCGUGAUGAUUAGCCAGACAUAUUUUGGAGUUUAUAUCAGCAGACUCAUCUUAACAGAAUUUUGAUGUUUAGUAAACAGGAUCAAACUACAGACAAGGCUUUGUCAGCUCUUCUCAUAUGUUACAAGAACAAUGGAUCAAUCAUUAAGUACUGGAACAAAUAAAGGUAAUUGCAAUGGAAGAUUUGCCUCCCUUUAGACACGUUUCAUACCAGCCUAGUUUGGUCACCAACAAUGAACUAGUUGUACUUUAGUAAGGUAGAUUGUAAUGUGCAUGUGUAGUGAAAUCAGAAGUUAUAAUACGACUGUUUAGAUAACUAUAGCUAAUGGUUUCACUUUGAACGCAUCAUAGCAACUACUUAUUAUCUGCACUUGCAUCCUCAUUUGGAAGCAAUGCAGUGAUUGGUUGGCCUUUAUCAGAAAAUGAAAUCACACGAGAUAGAAUAGCCUGAAUAUAGUAAAUGGUGAUUGCCCAUAAUACGCAGAUUAUUGUUAAAGGGAACAACUUAAUGUUUUUUUGGUUUAUUUUUCCAUCCUAAACUAGCUUUGGUGAGGUAGUCAUUAAAAUGAGCUUGGUGUAAUGGUAACUUAAUGCUGCUUUUUCUCUUAUAAAUGUGUUAGCAUAUACAUGUAUUUGUUUCAUACAUUUUAGUGGCAAAACAUUAUGAAUUUGAAGUAUUUUUUAAAUUACGCUAAUGUAUUGUUGACAGUUUUAAAAGAAACCAUGUAAUAAAAAUGCUAGAUUCACAUUUACAUGGAAUAUCAUAGCAAAGAGAAAAUAUCAAUCACAAUUUUAUUUCAGUAGUGUUGGUACCUGUUUCAAAGUGCAAUAUCGAAGGCUUUACUGUUAUGAAGCAACAUUAAAAUGUCAUAGAAUUAUCUGUAUGUGAGAUGGUACAUGGUUUUGAUUUUAAACAAAUAUGUUGUAUUUGUAAAAUUUCAAAAAGGUUUCAUCCUUUUGAUUUUCUUAUGAAUUCUAGGUGUGUACGUUGGAAGGCAGCGGUUUGGUGAUACUAGAGUGAUUGUAACUUUGUUCUUCACAGCUGAUCACUUAUUACUGUCAUAAAUGCUUAUUUGUAAUAAAUUAUUCAUUGUAUAACA